AUGGCCGAAGUCCCCGUUAUCCAAGUCCUCAACAAGAAGGACUACUUCAAACAGGCCUUGGUGCCUAUCCCAGACCCUCUACCCCCCCUAGGGGAGUCAUCCCUGAGGAUCCGAACGGAUGUCCUCGCCCUUACCUCUAACAACUUUACCUACUGCAAGUUGGCUGACCUAGCCGACUGGUGGGGCAUCCACCGGAUCCCGCCGACCACGCCGGCGCCGUACAACGACACUUCCGUUUAUGGCCGUAUCAGCGCCUGGGGCUUCGCCAAGGUCGUCGACUCUACAUUUCCCAGCGUGCCUAAGGGACGCUACGUCUGGGGAUACCUCCCCAUCGGGACCCUACCCCAGGAUUUCCAAGUCAAGGAGGCCGGGUUGCCUGGGCAGUUCUUCGUCACCGAGCCUUACCGGAAGAACCACCUGAAGUUGUACAACCACUACUUCGUCUGCCCGGAGGGAAUCGAACAUGCUAUCGCGGGCAAGGCCGACGUAAUCGCCUACGGCGCCUUGUUCCGCGUCAUGCAUCUGACUGCGUGGAUCAUGGCCGAGUUCAUGUUUUCCCCGGACCCCAAGCAGUCCGUCAACCUGACGCCGGAGCAGGCCGACCUGACGGACGCCACCGUCAUCAGCUUCGCGCCCGGCUCCAAGGUCGGGUUGGCCUUCGCACAUGCCCUGCGACAACGCACGGCGUCCAAGCCGGCGCGCAUCGUGGGCGCCGCGAGCGAGCACUCGCAAGCGUUCGUCAAGGGCACGGGAUUCUACGACGCGGUGGAGCCGACGAGCGCGGACCCCGUCGAGGUGGCGUCGCGGCUGGGCGUGUCCAAGAAGGACGGCAAGAUCGUGAUCGUGGACUUCGGCGGCCGCAACCACGUGCAGUGGAAGUGGGCCGAGGCCCUGGUGUCGGCGUACCCGCGCGUGCAGUUCGUCUCGGUGGGCGCCGAGGUCUCGGAGCCGUCGGCGGCGAUCGCGCCGGGGGGCAAGCCGCCGGCGGGGCUCGACAUCGCGCAGGUCAUGGCCGACACCCAGCAGAAUCAGGCGAUCGAGAAGGUCGGCGAGGUGGAAUACUGGACGCGGAACGACGCGGCGUGGGACACCUUCUGGAAGGCGGGCAUUCCCGGCGUGAAGCUCGUCUGGGGUGAGGGUAUGGAGGCGGUUAAGGAUGCUUGGGAUAGGUUUGCCAGGGGCGAGGUGUCUUCCGAGGAGGCACUUGUAUUCAAGGUAUAG